CGGCACCGGCAUCAUGACCCGUGUCUAGUUGACACAUUGCGUCACGUUUUGAUUUUGGCCGCGUUUAUCAAUGGUUCUACCACCGCCGUUGCCUCCAGAUUACCGGCAAAAUUUGCAAAAAUACACACUUUUCAUUCUCUCAUUCAUUCCUCUCUGCAAUAGAUCUCUAGUAUUGUAAUAUUUGCAAUGAAGAGGAAGUUAAUGAUGGACAAGUUGUCAAAGAUUGUUGUCUAUUUUGCUAGUAUUUUUGUGUUAUUUGUUGGAAGUGACAUAAUCGAUGACAGUGGUUAUGUCAUGUACUGCCCAUGCAUGGGGCGGUUUGGAAAUCAAGCAGACCAUUUCUUAGGAUCUCUUGGCUUUGCAAAGGGCUUGAAUAGAACUUUGAUUUUACCAGCCUGGGUUGAAUAUCGAUAUGGGCAACCUCGAUCUAUCCAAGUCCCAUUUGAUGUAUAUUUCAAUGUGGAGAAACUGUCAGAGUUCCACAAAGUAAUCACCAUGGAAAAAUUUAUGAAGAACAUAGCACCUGUAAUAUGGCCAUCUGAUAAACGAAUAGCAUUUUGUUACACGGCACGUGGAAAUACUGAAAGUGAAGGUAUUGAAAAAAGCUGCAGUGCUAAAGAGGGCAAUCCCUUUGGCCCUUUCUGGGAUACAUACAACAUAGACUUCGUAGGAUCCGAGUUCUACGGCCCACUUCACUAUGACAUCCAUCACUCAGAUAUGGCAAAGCGUUGGGGCCAAAACUAUCCUCCGAAGGAAUGGCCAGUCCUAGCAUUUACUGGGGCUCCAGCAAGCUUUCCCGUUCAGCUAGAAAAUAGAGACUUACACAAAUAUUUGAUGUGGAGUGAGAACAUACAAAAGCAAGCCAAACUCUUUAUUGAAAAUAAACUUCCAAAGGGAGCUUUUGUGGGACUUCACUUACGCAAUGGUAUUGACUGGGUACGAGCAUGUGAGCAUGUUAAUCACAGUCCUAGUCUGUUCUCUGCUCCUCAAUGUUUGGGUUACAGAAAUGAAAGAGGAAAGGCUACCCAUGAAAUGUGUUUUCCUUCCAAAGAAACUAUUAUCAAACAAGUUAAGCGGCAUCUCCGCAAACUAACUGAUAAAGCAACUUCUAUUUUUGUUGCUUCAGACAGUAAUCACAUGAUAUCUGAGCUGCAAGAAGCACUGAAGAGACAAGAGGUGUCUGUCCAUCGCCUAGAACCUGGCAAUCCUCAUGUUGACCUGGCCAUUUUGGGUCAAGCAAAUCUCUUUAUUGGCAAUUGCAUUUCAUCCUUCAGUGCGUUUGUGAAGAGGGAGCGCGAUGCUCGCGGCCUGCCGUCAGCCUUCUGGGGAUUUCCUGCAGAAAAAAAUUCAAAUACCAGGCAUGAGGAGCUCUGAUGUAGAUUUUUAUUUGCACUUACAUUAUUUUAAUGACGAGGUUUUGUUCUUUUAUAACAGCAUUGGUCUUUCUGUCACACUAGUACUUUUUCAUUGUGUUUUUAUACGUUUUAAAAUAGUUAGGAGGACUAGAAGGUUCGAAUCAUCAAAAACAUCGGGAACAAGAUUAUGCGAACAAUUUUACUUAUAUUCUGAACUUGUGGUACCUUUGUGUUAGAGUCCUAUAGGACUCUACUUUGUGUAUGUAGCUGGAAAUUAUUUCUUUUAAAGACUUUUAUGUUUUUUAAUAUUUUUUCCUUGAGAAUUUUUUACUUUGGCCUUUUGCCUGGAGAACUGUCAAGCAUUUUGUGUAUGUUCUGGUCAAUAAACUUUAAACAGUU